CGCGCCGAGCCGCACACAGCCAUCCAUCCUCCCCUCUCCUUCUCUUCCCCGUUCUUCCUUCUCUAUAGGCCCCCAUCUCCGCCGCCAGCCAGGGGGGCACCGACCGCCACCAUGAGUUCCUUCAGCUACGAGCCGUACUACUCGACCUCCUACAAGCGGCGCUACAUGGAGACUCCCCGGGUGCACAUCUCCAGCGUGCGCAGCGGCUACAGCACCGCGCGCUCCGCUUACUCCAGCUACUCGGCGCCCGUCUCCUCCUCGCUGUCCGUGCGCCGCAGUUACUCUUCCAGCUCUGGCUCCUUGAUGCCCAGUCUCGAGAACCUUGACCUGAGCCAGGUGGCCGCCAUCAGCAACGACCUCAAGUCUAUCCGCACCCAGGAGAAGGCGCAGCUGCAGGACCUCAACGACCGCUUCGCCAGCUUCAUCGAGCGCGUGCACGAGCUGGAGCAGCAGAACAAGGUCCUGGAAGCUGAGCUGCUGGUGCUGCGCCAGAAGCACUCCGAGCCCUCCCGCUUCCGGGCGCUGUACGAGCAGGAGAUCCGCGACCUGCGCCUGGCGGCGGAAGACGCCACCAACGAGAAGCAGGCGCUCCAGGGCGAGCGCGAAGGGCUGGAGGAGACCCUGCGCAACCUGCAGGCGCGCUAUGAAGAGGAGGUGCUGAGCCGCGAGGACGCCGAGGGCCGGCUGAUGGAAGCCCGCAAAGGAGCCGACGAGGCGGCUCUCGCCCGCGCCGAGCUCGAAAAGCGCAUCGACAGCCUGAUGGACGAAAUCGCCUUUCUGAAGAAAGUGCACGAAGAGGAGAUCGCCGAGCUGCAGGCGCAGAUCCAGUACGCGCAGAUCUCCGUGGAGAUGGACGUGUCCUCCAAGCCCGACCUCUCCGCCGCGCUCAAGGACAUCCGCGCCCAGUACGAGAAGCUGGCCGCCAAGAACAUGCAGAACGCCGAAGAGUGGUUCAAGAGCCGCUUCACCGUGCUGACCGAGAGCGCCGCCAAGAACACCGACGCGGUGCGCGCCGCCAAGGACGAGGUGUCCGAGAGCCGCCGCCUGCUCAAGGCCAAGACCCUGGAGAUCGAAGCGUGCCGGGGCAUGAACGAAGCGCUGGAGAAGCAGCUGCAGGAGCUGGAGGACAAGCAGAACGCCGACAUUAGUGCUAUGCAGGACACAAUCAACAAAUUAGAAAAUGAAUUGAGAACCACGAAGAGUGAGAUGGCGCGAUACCUGAAGGAAUACCAAGACCUCCUUAACGUGAAGAUGGCCUUGGACAUCGAGAUUGCAGCAUACAGGAAACUCUUGGAAGGUGAAGAGACCCGACUCAGUUUCACCAGCGUGGGAAGCAUAACCAGCGGCUACACCCAGACCUCCCAGGUCUUUGGCCGAUCUGCCUACGGCGGUUUACAGACCAGCUCCUACUUGAUGUCCGCCCGCUCCUUCCCAACCUACUACACCAGCCACGUCCAGGAGGAGCAGAUCGAGGUGGAGGAGACCAUUGAGGCUGCGAAAGCCGAGGAAGCCAAGGACGAGCCCCCCUCUGAAGGAGAAGCUGAAGAGGAGGAGAAGGAGAAGGAAGAGGCUGAGGAAGAGGAGGCAGCUGAAGAGGAAGAAGCUGCCAAGGAAGAAUCUGAGGAGGCCAAGGAGGAAGAAGCAGGAGGUGAGGGUGAAGAAGGAGCUAAAGUAGAAGAAGCAGCAAAAGUUGAAGAAGCUAAAGUAGAAGAAGGAGCUAAAGUAGAAGAAGCUAAAGUUGAAGAAGGAGAAGAAACCAAAGAAGCUGAGGAGGAGGAGAAAAAAGAUGAAGGUGCCGGGGAGGAGCAAGCAGCCAAGAAGAAAGAUUGAGCCCCCCUUUCCUUAAUUAUUCCAGGAAUAUUCUCCUGAAAUCAGGUCAAUCCCAUCACCACCCAACCAGUUGAGUUCCAGAUACUAUAUGAAUUAAGAAGUCAAUACAUGUAUAAUUCUGAGGUGACUCAGGUUGGACAUUCAAUGUUGUGCUAUGACUUUUCUCCUUAUGCAGAGUAUCGUUUGCUUGCAGAGUGGCUUCCUGGCUUGCUGCCAGCCUGUGCAUGGUCCACGCUUCUGAGUUCAGGAUCUAUGGCAAUGUGAAUAAUUCAGAUGUUUACAAUAAAAAAACACCAACAUGAAUAAAUGAAUUCACUAAUGUUAAUGUUAAACUUCAUGGAAAAAAUAGUCCUUUGAACCUUUGGUGGUUAGAAAUUAAAGACCUCGAAUUAUGUGCAAUAAAUAGUAAAUAAAGUUACACUGAAUGACAUUUCUUGCUGUGGUUGUUGACUUAAUUAAAAUAUCUUAAAGAUGGCACCAAUAUAAGUCAUAUACAAGUGGACUAUUGAACUCCAAUUCUUGUAAGUCAAAAUUUCAACCAUUACAAUGCCUUUUUCUCUCUUAAUUGGUAAUUGGAGGGAUGCAGUUAGGUCAUGACCAUUCAUGAAAUCUCUGCCCUCAGAAAUGUUACUGAUAAUACAUUUGAGUGAAUAGAGUCUCUGACGCUCUUUUUCUCUUAUAAAUAGCAAUAAACUUUGCCCAAUAAAAUCUUCUAUAUAAUGUUGGGAAUGGCUUUGUUGGAGGUAAUUCUGAAAUUAUGUGAUAAAUAUACCCUUUAUGGUAAACAGGUAACUUUAACCCUAGUAUAUAACAAUGAAUGCAAUAUUGAUAGAUUAUGAAUCUCACUCAUCCAUCACUAGAACUACAUUUAAAAAAUAUAGUCUAAAUAUUACGGGCAGAAGUUAAAACCCAAGCAAACGAUAUAAUCAGAAGGAGUAAUUUUUUUAUCAAUGUGUAAUUUGGGAUGGAGAGAGUAAGAACAUUGAAGGGUAUUUGCUAUUGCAAACAUGUUGCCUGCAAUCCUGAGCUCAUGAUUCAGUGUGUUGUUAGCUUAAUUCUGUUACCUCAAGUAAUGCCACCCAUCUUAGACCUCUUAAAAUCUGUGGAUACAGAUAAUGAAAUUGUUAUGAGUCACUAAAGGGGGGAGAUUAUAUACCUGUUUGUUACGUUGCCAUUGCUCUGCAUGUCUUUAUUGGGAAAUAUGUGGAUUUCAGUGAUAGCUCCAACUGGUUGGACAUUGCAUCAAAUACAUACCUGUCCAUCCUCCCCACCCACUGUGAAGUUAUGAAAGCUCUUGCACUUGCACUUGUUGUGGAAUGUGGAUGAAAUUAUUGAUUAUCUGCUGUUCUGCUUCUGUUCUUACCCAAUUGCUUUGUCAACUAAUUUCAUUCAAUAUUUGUUCUUUAGACAACUUUUAAAAGUCAUGAAUUUAACCUGAAAGCAAAGUGAUCUCGUUUAAAGUUAUCUGAUCUCUUCACAUUGCCUAUUCUAGUUAAAUAUAUGUCACCAAGCAAGUAGGUAAAAUAUUUCUUUAUCUACCAUGAUGCUAUGGAUUUGAACUAUGAAGAUUCUCAGUACAUCUGCUACUGUAAAGACUAGGUGUUGCCUAAGAAACCAAGCUUUUCACAUUUAUGUUCAUUAAAUAUGGAUGAUGCACAUGGUAAAUCUCAGAUGCAAAUUACAUGUAAAAAAGCUACUUUAGCCAAAUGGGAACAGCUGUGCGUUUGAGAAUUACUUGAAGUAAGAACACUGUACCAUACUCUAUUCUGUGUGCCAUAAUAAAACACUGAAAAACCUAAA